AUGGGAAAGAAAAUCACAAAUAAGAUUCCAAAGAGAAAUAUGUCAAAGCCACGCCACCUUCUCGACAUCAAGGAAUUAACCCACAAAGAAUUUGUUCAAACUUCAGAGAGAGUGAAGUGUGUGGAUCUACCGUCAUCGAAACCAUGGAUUUUAGCCUCUUUGUACUCCGGAAAUCUCUGUAUCUGGAACUAUCAGCCACAGAAAAUGGAAAAGUCCUUCAAGGUCACCGAAUCACCAGUAAGGUCAGCCAAGUUCAUAGAGCGGGAAAACUGGAUAGUUGUUGGAGCUGAUGAUGGCUUCCUUCGUGUAUACAACUUCGAUACAACGGAAAUGAUCAAAGAAAUCGAGGUGCAUACCGAUUUCAUUCGGAGUCUGGCUCUUCAUCCGACGCUUCCGUACGUGUUGUCGGCCUCCAACGACAAGCUUAUUAAGCUGUGGGACUGGGAGAAGGGUUGGAUUUGCAGUAGGGUGUUCGAGGGCCAUGGACAAUUGGACAUUAUGUGAUGCAAGCUGCUUUCGAUCCAAAAGAACUCGACACUUUCGCAAGUGCAUCACUCGAUGGCACCAUUAAGAUUUGGAACAUGGAUUCUGGAUCUCUUGAGUUUACGUUGGAUGCUCAUUCGAAAGGGAUUAAUUGCAUUGAAUACUUCAUUGCUGGUGAUAAAAAAAUUCUUAUCAGUG